CCCGGGGCUGCAUAAUGCGGGCGCUACCUUUCCACUUCCCUUGUGCCUUGUCGUACCUGGCCAAGGGCGGGUCCCGAUCUCAGCACUGGCCCCAAUCUUGUCGCACUCCCGUCCUCUGCGCUCUCCAGCUCUCUCCUUCGCCCGUUCCUAGGCCCUCCCGGUUUUGUUUUGUCUCUCAUUACGACACCAACCCUCUUUCACUCCUUACACAACACUGCCUUCUUUCUCCCACACGUUUUUUCUAUUUUGCAAAUCAAAGGAGUUACGCCCCCAGUUGCGUUCUCCGUCCCCAAGCAGCAUCGUGCCGCUGCCUCUGCCGGCCUCUUCUCCCCCCUUCUUUCAGAAAUACAACUUGAGCCCUUCUAUUCCUAUUCCUUACAACCUCCUUCCUCCUUGGGUUUGUUUACCACACACAUUAACCGGGCGAACAGAAACUAAACCGGAUCCGCACUGUCGCGACGACGAAAUCUCACAUCCGUCAGCGCCAUUCGCCUCUUCCUCGACCAACCCUCGCUUUUCUUCAACACGCUCGUUUCAGUUGUGGAAACGUGACACGGAUCAAGUUGGAUUGAAACGGCCAACCACCUUCGCUGUUCCCCAGUUCUACCCCGACGAGCGACGACGAGGACUCGACUCGACUCGAUUUGAUCCAACAGCCUGAAAGCCGGCCUUUGACGACGACAAACAAUAACGCCCCCUUGUGCAUUGGCAAGCGUUCUCCGCUGUUCAUCCGAUCUUGAUUCUUGGCUAUUGUUCAUGUUGGAUAAUAGCGAUACAUUUGGGAGUCUUCCUUUGACUAUCAGCUCAGCUCAACUUUACACCGGUGUCAAUCACCCUCAACCAGCUUUCUCCAACGAACCAUACCAGGCCCUUCAAUCUUCCAACGAGUAACUGCCGACGACAAAGACCGCGAAUCGCUUCUCUCGCCCAGUAACCCCUUCGGGGUAACGUAGAAACCAACAAACUCGAAAAUCACCUAAACCAAACAAGAUGCGCUUCUCGAUAACACGGCCCCUAGCGGCCCUUGCGUCGAUCGCGGCCCUCGUAUCUCCCGUCUUUGGCGAACAGAAGCUGGCGUCUCAGGCGCUAAAAACAUGUCAAGCGAACUCAGGCUUCUCCGCGAGUCUGUUUAACGUCGUUUAUACUCCAGAAAGCGGCAGGGCCAAUGUUGACAUUGUCGCCGUCUCUACCAUCCAAGGCAAAAUCAUCUUCGACGUUGCCAUCUCGGCCUACGGCUACGAAAUUAUCACCGCCAAAGUCGAUCCCUGCAGCUCCGGUUUGCUGGGUUUGUGCCCUAUGACGGCCGGCAAGAUUCCUCUCAACUUCACACUGCCCGUCGACAAGAACGCUGUUGCACAGAUUCCCAGCAUUGCCUAUAACUUUCCCGAUAUCGAUGCCAAAGUACGAGUCAGGAUCAACAUGACAGAUGGAGACGAGGCCGGUCAAACAGUUGCCUGUGUUGAAGCUGAAAUUACCAACGGAAAAACCGUCGACUUGGCUGGUGUCAAAUGGGCUACGGCCAUCGUUGCCACCUUCGCCUUGACGUCAUCUGCCUUCGUUUCUGGCCUCGGUCAUCACAAUGCCGCAUCGCACGUUGCCGCCAACGCCCUCUCUCUCUUUGGUUAUUUCCAGGCCCAGGCCAUGCUUGGACUUACCGGUGUUCCUCUGCCACCUGCCGUGAUGGGAUGGACCCAGGAUUUCCAGUGGAGCAUGGGCAUUAUCAAGGUCAAUUUCAUGCAGGACAUUUUCACCUGGUAUCAGCGUGCGACUGGUGGUACUCCCUCGAUGCUAUUCGACUCUUUGGCCACAGUCUCUGUUCAAGUUCAAAAGCGUGCGCUGGACGUUGCGGACUAUGGUGCGGAUUUGGCCAGGCGUUCGAUGUCGUAUAUGCCCAGGACCAUUUCUGAACCUAUGGAGCAGGCCAUGAAGCACGAGCUCCUCAAGCGCGGAAACAUUCAAACAGAUACCGGCAGCUACGUCGUGUAUGGCAUUCAGCGUGCGGCUUUCCGUGCCCAUAUCGAGUCCACCAACUUGUUCAUGACGUGCUUGAUCUUCUUCUGCGUCCUCGUCGUCAUUACCAUUCUUUGCGUCGCUGGCUGGAAAGGAUACUGCGAGUUGGCCGCACAGAAGGGCUGGAUGAAGCACGACACCUUUCUCGAUUUCCGAAACGGCUGGUUUACCGUUCUUAAGGGCAUCCUCUUCAGAAUCACCCUUAUUGGCUUCCCCGCCAUGACCGUCAUGUGCAUGUGGGAGUUUACCCAAAACGAUUCGCCUGCUGAAAUGGUGCUAGCCCUCUUUUUCUUUCUGGGUAUGCUUGUCACCCUGGGCUGGGCCGCAUUCAAGGUUAUCAGAAUCGCGCGCCGCUCCGUUGUAAUGCACCAGAACCCGGCUUACAUCCUCUUCUCCGACCCUCAAGCCUUGAACAAGUGGGGUUUCCUCUACGUCCAAUUCCGAGCUUCGGCCUAUUACUUCAUCGUUCCUGUUCUCGGCUAUACUAUUCUCAAGGGUCUGUUCGUCGCUUUCGGACAAAAUAACGGUACUGCCCAGGCGGUCGGUUUCCUUAUCAUCGAAGCCGCCGCUUUAAUCGCGGCUACUGUUAUGCGCCCUUGGAUGGACAGGAAGACCAACUGGUUCAACAUCGCCAUUUGCGUCAUGAACUUCAUUAACGCCAUCUUCCUGCUAAUGUUCACUGAAGUCUUCAACCAGCCGCCCCUUGUCACUGGUGUUAUCGGCCUCAUCUUGUGGAUUACCAACUCCAUCUUCUCCCUGGUUUACCUGCUGAUGCUCAUCUGCUCUACCAUCUUCGUCUUCUUCCGCGAGAACCCCGAUAAUCGGUACCAGUUCAUGGCUGAUGAUAGGACAUUCUUCAUGAAGUCACAGACUCAUCUUACAACGACCACCGAGCUGGAUGCGCUUGCGGCGACCGCUCGCGGAGACAAGUCCGGGUUCAAGGGACUCGACCUCGAUGACGAUGCGGAAUCCAUGUCUUCGGAUUCGCUUCGUCGUCAAACUGAACUUCAGCCCGGUAUGCCAGCUGGUGGAGCUGGGCUACACUUCACCAAUGCUCCCCCAAAGUCUCCGGUUGACCCUGCGAUGCCGCUAUUCCCUUCGGAAGGCCGGAACACCCAAGGUCCUCAGUAUGGCGAGAAGCCAGGUAUGAACUUUGAUCCGCGAGGACCGUCACCGAGUCCGUACGGUGGCCCACAAGGCGGCAACGCCACCCUCACGCCACAGUAUAGGGCUCUCAAUAACGCAAGCCCGUGGCAACGAGGUGCCGGCUAUGAGCAUUAACGAUCGAAGUUCACUGGCAAUAUACCAUGAUCUUCGCCUCUUACGACCUUGGGAAUAAAUGGAGUUUUUGUUUUUUCGGAGCAGCCAUUUUCAUGACGGCGAUACUUUUCACUCGGAUGGCGGUAUACUUGUCGGUUGGUUUGUGGGAAGCUUCCUGCUCUGGGCAUGGAUAUUCCACCCCUCCGCAAGAAGUGGGCGGGAUAGAGGAGACAAAGCAUUCAAGAAGGCAAAGUCUUUUUGUGUGCUCGUUGUACCUCCCUACCUCAAGUCAUUGUAUGACCCCUUGCUUUUGGCCCGAAUUUUAUACCACCCACUAUACUCUACCGUGUUGGAUACACGGAUAAAGAGUGUUCUUUUCCUACUAUCAUUUGUCGAACGUUUUUCUGUUUUUGUUUUUAUUUCGUUUCUCUUUGUCUGUCUUCAAAUCAUGCUAGGGCAUCACAACGGCGUCUUGGGGUAGUGGACAGUAAGAGAAGGCCGGAGGAGGAAUGCAAGUCACCCCGAGAAUAUGGGAGACAGACACCACGCUACAUAGUUAGCGUUGGAACUAAGUACAUGACCGACCGGAAAGGUUGCGAUCAGAACUUCAAGCAGACAAGAAGGAUACAUACCAUAAAUACUUCGGCUUGUGGCAGUUAUGUGAUAUAUCACGGAUACCCAAACGAACUUAUAAACAUCAACAUCAUAUGUGUAUAAUAUCCAAAGACCAUACCCAAGGAAGGCAAAAUAAACAUUUGAGAAGGAGUUGAGCAUAGCAUGGUUAAAGCUGGGCUGGGUGGAAAAAAAGAACAAAAAUCGAAAUUAAUCAGCACGUACUUCAAUGGGCC